AUGGAUACAGGUCUAUUACAAUAUUUCUUCGUGGCUUCGAUUCUUCUGGCAGGACUGGUUGCUAGUUUAGUGCCGAUAAAGGUAAGAAAAGGACAGUGAAAAACGAGUUACGACAACCUUUUACUUCUGACCGUAUUUCUAGAUAUAUCAAAUUUUAAACAACCGCAUGCGACAGAGUUUACUAGGUAAUAAUCGCAAAGAAUCCAGCCUCUCGCAGUGGAUCUCUUGUCUUUCUUGCUUUGCUGGUGGAGUAUUUCUAAGCGUUAUAUUUCUACAUCUGUUGCCAGAUGCACAGUAAGUCAAGUCAAUAAUGUGUUACAUAACUGUUGAUUUAAUUUUCAGUGAAUCUUUGACGGUUAUUCAAAAGAAAGGGGUCUUUGUGACAAGAUACCCGGUCGUCGAGAUCAUCUCGUUAUUGGGAUUCUUUCUUGUGUACAUGACGGAAGUGUUGAGCGAGACGUGUGUUACGCAAAGAACCGUUACUCAUGAUCAAACUAUUGUCACUAAAAACCCAGCAAUCUUGAGGAGACGGAGGGCAAAUACAACGACAAUUGAUGACAAAUGGUAAGUACAGUAUGGUUGACAAAAGAAAAGAAAAACUUGCAGUGAGAUCCACGAAGAUGGUCAUGACUUUACCCCACCGCCAAUGGAAUCGCCCUAUUACUCAGCAUCAUCCAUUCCCAGUACAACCGCAAUGUCUCAACGAGAGCGUACUCUGAUUGUCAGAACUAUUACCUUCAUUACAGCUCUCGUAUUUCAUUCCAUGGUCGAAGGAUUUGCAUUUGGAGUUCAGCAUAAUUCCAGUACGAUUAUAUCCUUAUUUGUUGGAAUAAUUGUUCACAGAACAAUUGUGGCCUUUUCUGUCGGCACCAGGAUGAUCAAUUGCCACCCAAAAAGACCGGUCUUUGUGAUCUCUCUUGCCAUUGUCUUCGCUGUGAGCUCGCCAUUGUUCUCGGUGCUGGGAAUGAUCGUUAAAGAGUCAGCUAUCGAUGAGCUGUUCAAGGAAGAGAUAUCUCUUGUUUUAAUUAGCUUAUCCAUUGGGACGUUUUUGUAUAUCGCUUUCUUUGAGGUAACUGUGCAAACAACAACUUUUUUAAUUUUUUUACGCCAUACAAGUUGAUUAUUACAGAUGCUGGCGCCAGAAAAGUCGAAUGGAAAUUACGCGGUCUCUAAAUACAUUUCAACAUUGGCUGGUUUCUUUGUUAUUGCGAUUGUAAUAUACUUUGAAUAGAAGUAAAAUGUACAUAUCUUUAUUUCUUGAACCCACUGACUUUAAGACCAAAGAAUUUCUAAGUUAGGCUACGAAUCAACCUAUCCUUUAGAUCGUUCAACAUAUACUGAUCCGCAGGCCCGCUUCGAAUGGUCUCACGUCUGCCUGUAAUCCCCUAAGGCUGUCAACGCUAUACUAUUUCGAAAAGUUAGAGCUUAAAUCGCAUUUUUAUAAUGCAAUGGACACUCUCUUGCUGCAGUCUAUCUUGAUCUUUAUUUUACUUGUCUCGGCGUUGCUGGCUAGUCUGUCGCCGCUUAAGGUAAGCUGUUUUUAUGCACUUUUUCUUCUCUAAAUAUGUCUCUUAACCAAGGUUACCUGCAAAAACGAAGGAAGACUAGACUAAUCGAUUACGUUUUGAAGCAAACGGCCCAGCCCAUAUAGUAAACUUUUGAUAGCUUUUGUCAUAAGCUACCCUUUUCGAAAACUUCAAAAAUACACCAAAGAAAACAUGUCACAGUGUGAUGCAUAUUAAGCAUCAACAAAAUGGAAAGCGUUAGAGAUCUCCACCUCUUACUGAUUUUGUCGAUUUUCUUAAUUACUUCGUUGGCUGCGAUCUUGCCGAUCAGGGUAUGGAUUUCUAAAUUUAGCUCAAUUUUUCUACCGAUUCACAUUGGAAAAGACGUUUCUUAUGUAUACAAAUCGGCUUCAUUGAAACGGUCCGUAAUUAAAGUCACGAUAACUAUCAGUCUGUCGGAAAAAUAACGGCGGAUUGUCGCAGCGAAAUGUCUCGCCUCGCCGCUGUCGCGCACCAAAUCCCAAGCCGCGGCUUGCAGUCGCAAAGCAAUGAUGGGCGAUUCCGAGGCGCGACGAUCCGCCGUUAUUUUCCCGACAGACUGAUAAGAUCCUCCUCCGGCUCUGAAUCUUUAUUCAAUCUUUAUUUUUGCGAAGCCACUACCAAGAAAACGCUUGCAGAUUUCGCAGCCAAUACUUUGAAGAAGCGGUAUAUGGCCUUGAAAAGUUUCUACAACGUUCGAAACAGACGUUAGAUCGCAUGCAGAACUCUUAUACCGAUUAACUCGCAAUUUUUAGAUCUACACUGCAUUACGAAAAAGAUUGAUCGACAACAGAGAUCCACACGAUGAUUCUCCGUCUAUCCUCAGCCAUUGGAUUUCUUGUUUGACAUGCUUCUCGGGCGGUGUCUUCCUUGGUGUUAUAUUUUUACAUUUACUGCCUGAUGCGCAGUACGUAAGGCCCCCGGAAUUACCUACCUGACUAUUACUCGCUUUUAGUGAAUCACUACGGGUUGUCCAAAGCAAGCAUGUGUGGAAGUCAGAAUAUCCACUGGUGGAGAUGAUGACGUUAUUUGGCUUCUUCUUUAUAUACAUGAUCGAGGUUGUGAGCGAGACUUGUUUCACACAAAGCGGGGUAAAACAUAAGCAUAAAUUGGUGACCAAAUUUUCCGAGAUCAUUCGAUUUAACCAUAAAAGUGACAGCGCAUCUUCUAGUAAGAGGCAAGUAAACCCAUUUUGUAUCAGUAAAUAUCAAUAACCCACUUUUCAGCGAUGUCAAACACGAGGUAUCUUCAACAUGUUCUGAACAGGGUCAGAAACACUGCAAAUGCAUUCCAAGGAUACCACGGAAAGAGAGGACUCUAAUUAUUCGAUCCGUCACGUUUAUUACAGCUCUGGUAUUUCACUCGAUGGUAGAAGGCUUUGCAUUCGGUGUUCAGAAGAAUGCACGGGCCAUCACAACCUUAUUUGUUGGCAUUAUUGUCCAUCGAACCAUAGUUUCUUUUUCGGUCGGGACAAGAUUAGUAAAUUGUCAUCCAAACCGACCGAUCUUUGUCGUUGUUUUGGCCUUUAUUUUCUCCGUGAGCUCGCCAUUAUUCGCAGUGGUAGGAAUGUGUGUUAGGGUAAGCAUAACUAACUGAAAUGUGUCUAAAACGCUUUUAUAUAUUUCCAGCAAUCAGCAAUCAACGAGCUCUUCAAAGAACAAAUUACAUUUAUUCUAAUCAGUCUAUCAAUUGGAACAUUCUUGUACAUUGCAUUCUUUGAAGUGAGUUCUUAUCUAUUAUAUUUCUUUUAGCUGUUUGCUUGA